UCUUGCCUAUGUUCGCAAGCGAACAACUAAAACUUGGUCUAGAUAAGAUUUCAUAUUGCGCAAAAAUGCGUUCUUGAAAUGUAAUAUCGAGCUUUAUUGAUUUGAGAAAGAGAACACAGCCGUUGCACAUUUAAGCUAAUAAACUAAUACAAUAUGAGUGAAAAUAUACAAAACAAUUCGGAACUAAGGAAGUUAGUCAACGACCCCAUUCAUGGUCACAUUGAGCUGCACCCCCUGUGUGUGAAGAUCAUCGACACCCCUCAGUUCCAGAGGCUACGCCACAUCAAACAAACCGAUGCCGUCUACUUUGUGUAUCCAGGUGCCACGCACAACAGAUUCGAACAUUCUAUUGGAGUUUGCCACCUUGCGGAAAAUUUUGUACGAUCUCUACAAACUCGACAGCCAGAGUUGGGGAUAACGGACGUAGAUGUCAAUUGUGUAAUGAUUGCCGGCCUGCUACAUGAUAUAGGUCAUGGGCCAAUGUCCCAUCUCUUCGAAAGAUUUCUAGCAAAGGUCCUACCUAAAAGAAAAUGGACGCACGAAGAGGCAUCAGUUCGGAUGUUCAAUCACCUUUUAGAUGAAAAGGGUUUCCGGAAGAUUUUUGAAGACCAUGGCCUUUCAAAAAGAGAUAUCCAGUUUAUCGAGGAACAAAUUCGUGGAGAUGUUGCUGAAUAUAAAGGCAGGGACCGGGAUAAACAAUUUUUAUACGAGAUAGUAAACAAUAGGAGAAAUGGGAUCGACGUUGACAAGUGGGAUUACUUUGCACGCGACUGCUAUAUGCUUGGGAUACCCAAAACAUUUGACCAUAUUCGGUGCAUGCGUAUGAGUCGCGUCAUAGAAGUGGACGGCGUAAAGCAGAUCUGCUUCAGGGACAAGGAGGUAGACCACAUUUAUGACAUGUUCCUCCAACGAGCAAAGCUUCAUAGCCAGGCUUAUCAGCAUAAAACGGUCUACAUCAUUGGUGAAAUGUUGAUAGAAGCUCUAGAGAAAGCCAAUGCAAUCAUCAAGAUAAGUGGAAAACACAUGACGGAGACAAUAGACGACAUGGCUGCUUUCACUCAAUUGACAGAUAACGUGAUUCACCAAAUAACAUAUUCUGAGGAAGCCAGUUUGAAAGCAUCGAGGGAAAUACUUGAGAAGAUCAUGUUUCGCAAGAUGUACAAAUUUGUGACAGAGAAACAUCCCAAUCAUCCGACAUACAAGUACCUACGAGGUAACGAGAACAUUCUAGCCAAGAAGAUAACAAAGGACGUGGCUGGUAUUACUAAGGAUGACAUCGUUAUUCAGAUUGUUCACUUGGACCUUGGAAGCGAGUUCAAGAAUCCUCUGGAAAAAGUACGAUUCUUUUCCAAAUACAAGCGAACGGAAGCCGUUUGUAUAAAGGAGUCGGUCAUGCAAGCUAAACAUAAUCUUGAGCUGCUGAUACGAGUGUUCUCCAAGAAAGGAGACGACGAAAGAUUCAACAAAAAGGUCGAAAACACCUUUCUGGAGAAGAUUGACAUUGCACUGAGAGAGAUGACACCUCCAGUAGAAGUCGCAGGCAAUGGUGCAGAGCCAUAAUUUGGCUUUUAUGAUACAGCACAGAACUAUGUCUAUGAUCAUUACAAUAACUGAACACGUGUUUUUAUUUAUAAGAAAAUAUCGGUUUGCAAAACUUUCACCCAUUAAUCACAGCGUAUGUAAAUAUUGUAUUAACCACAAUUAGCUACUUUUUGUCUCAUGAGACAGACAUGGAUUCUUCGCUAUUUUCGACAUCAAUUUUUCAUUACGUCAAAUUGUAUAAACAUCCUGCUACCCUUUCAGCUUUCACUCUUACUAAUAAUUUUAAAAAUUCGAAUUUUAUUGUUGCAGUGGUAAAAAAAAACACACACAUGAUUAUAAUUUGCUGUUUAAUUCCAACGACUAAGCAAAUUUAUUCAACUUAUUUCGAUCGCUUUAAAAAUCAUUUCCGCCAGACAGAGAUUGUUAACUUUUUCGUCACAAGUAUGGCUAUGUUUGAGACUGUAAACAGUUUAUUUGAUUACGUUCAACUAUCAAAGUCACAGAGUUUGACAGUGUCCUUUUUAUCUCUCUUUAAAGUAUUUUUUUUAAAACUUUUGUCAUUUGUCACUUUCGACCGUUUGAUUCAAUAAAGCAUAUUCCUACGAUGACUUGGUACUAAAAUGCAAACUUACAUUUUUGAUUUUUUGUUUUGUUUGUUUAACAUCAUAAUAGUUUCUUUAUCUCAUUUGAGCUACCCAAUAUUAUCUUUUCGCCUUGUUAUUUUUUUAUUGACGUACAAUACUUGUCUUAAACAUGCAUGAUAUGGUAAAUGUUGCAUUAUAGUAUACUUUUCGAAAGUUUAAAUUGUAUGUUAACAUUUUCUUACAACACUUUCAACAGUGACACACAUUUUUCAAAUCCGUGGGUAACGAAUCAAAGUAAGAGACUUGUUUUUACCAGAUGUGAUUAAGAGUUUUUGUUUAAACUGUAUUAUCGUUUUUUUUCUCCAUAAACAUACACACACAAACUUGAAUGUUCGACUAAAAGCUCCAAAUAAUAAUGGUAGGGAGAUCGGUUAAUCAUCUGUUUGUACUUUUUUUCUACAUGGCUUUGUUUGAGACUGUUAACAGUUUAUUUGAUUACGUUCAACGAUCAAAGUCAUAGGGUUUUAGAGCAUCCUUUUAUCUCUCUUAAAAGUAUUUUUUAAAACUUUUGUCAUUUGCCACUUACGACCUUUUGAUUCAAUAAAACAUAUUCGUACGAUGACUUGGUACUUAAAUGCAAAUUUACAUGUUUUAUUUUGUUUUGUUUGUUUAACAUCAUAAUAGUUCCUUUAUCUCAUUUGAGCUACCCAAUAAUAUCUUGUCGUCUUGUAUUUUUUUAUAGACGUACAAAUACAUGUCUUUAACAUGUAUGAUAAUGUAAAUGUUGCAUUAUAGUAUACUUUUUAAGUUCACGUCUUUAUUUAUAAGCAGCUUUUUAAUAUUAAACCCGUCGUUUUCUCGUUUGUACAUUUUUUCCAGUAUAUUUUUUCAUUUGAAUUCAAUAUUGUAUUUCUGUAUAUUUGCGUUAUUUCUUUACUGAUUUGAAUGUGUAAAUGUAUUGUGUACGUUGUGUGGUAUUUGAAAGUUGUGUGAAUAGUUUUGUUGUACUUGAAGUGAUAACUAAAUUGAACGCUUUAGAGUGAUUUGUAUAAUAUAUUCGAAAGCAUGCUGAGUUUAAAUUGUAUGUUAACAUUGUCUUACAACACUUUCAACAGUGACACAUAUUUUGCAAAUCAGUGGGUAACGAAUCAAAGUAAGAGACUUUUAACCUGAUGUGAUUAAGAUUUUUUGUUUAAAAUGCAUUAUCGUUUUGUUUUCUCCAUAGGCAUACACAAACAAACUUGUAUGUUCGACUAACAGCUCCAAAAAAUAACGGUAGGGAGAUCGGUUAAUCAUUUGUAUGUACUUGUUUGCUAAUUUAUUCAAGGGUGUUGAAUGAAAGAAAUUUCUUUGUUACAUAUACUUUUUGAUAUGUAAUAGUGUUUUGUAUUAAAAAUAAACUUAUUUAGCAGA